ACUCUGUUUUUUUUCCCACAAUGUCUGGUUUCCUUUUUUGUUUCGUCCAAAUCUCUACUUUUUAGGGAUCUUGUUUUGUGCUGAUUAAAACCCUCGAAUUUGAUCCAAUCUCUUCAAGAAAACGGGCAUUGAGAUGGUGAAUGGAGAAUCAUCAACUAGUACGUCUUACACUGAUAAUAACAAUGGUGCAAAUGAUCAAGGAGGAGACUUUGAAUGUAACAUUUGUUUUGAGUUAGCUCAAGAUCCGAUUGUCACUCUCUGUGGCCAUCUCUUUUGCUGGCCUUGCUUAUACCGUUGGCUUCACCACCAUUCGCAUUCUCAAGAAUGUCCGGUUUGUAAAGCCGUGGUUCAAGACGAUAAGCUUGUUCCUCUUUAUGGUAGAGGUAAGAACCAGACUGACCCGAGAUCAAAACGUUACCCGGGUUUAAGGAUUCCUAACCGACCAACGGGUCAAAGACCCGAGACUGCGGCUCCUCCUCAGGCUGAAGCAGCGAGUAAUUUUUUUAACUAUGGUAUUGGUUUGAUGGGUGGAAUUAUGCCAAUGGCGACUACUAGGAUCGGGAAUUUCAGUAUGGGGUUUGGUGGUUUGUUGCCUUCUUUGUUUAACUUUCAGUUUCAUGGAUUUCCCGAUGCUACGCUUUAUGGUUCAACACCGGGUUACCCUUACGGUGGUUAUCAUAAUGGUUUCCGUGGAGUUCCUCCUCAUGGACAAGAGCGUCCGAUGGCUCGUGGAGGAAACCAAAGCGAUGCUACUCUGAAGAAUAUCUUAUUAGUUGUUGGAAUUUGCGUGGUGUUAUUUCUUUGCUGGUGAAAACGAAUCACAUUUGGUUUAUUCCCAGGUAUGAUCAAACUCACUUACUUGGUGCAAGUUGUGUAUGUAAAUAUGGUAAUAGCCGAGUGUCUGUGUCUGCUAUUUCAACGUCGUUAUUGUAUUUUUGUUUUGAAGAUGAAACUUGAGUCUAUAAGCUUUUUACACAACUCUUUGUUUUUAUAUUUUCUUGCUUGUGUUUUGUCUAAGCAUCUUGUGAAAACUAGUUGUGGAAUAAAUGGUGCUUGUGCGU